GUACUUCGCUGGAUGGGAUAUCCUGCCAGCUUCGAUGUGCAGCAAAUGCUCGUCAAGGAGGUGGACAUCGACGAGUCCAAUACACUGGACGCCGUCGAGAUGAGGAAGCUGGUGCGGAAGUUCCAAGAGAAGGAGCUAACGUCAUGGACGAUUGCCUUCAACCAAAGCCUCAAGAAGGGCUCUAGCACCUUGGAGGUGCCUGCGUGUGCUCGCACUUUGCGGAGCUUGGGCAUCAAGGCCUCAGAGUCCGAAGUGGAGGAGAUCCGUGCAGGCAUUGCAGCCAGCUUCCCGAGCAACAAGAACCGUCGAUUCAGCUCCAUCAUGGCCUCGACACCGGCAGAAGCCCCUUCACAAAAGCUGGGCCCUCCAGUGAGCCUACUGCUGAGCCGCCCCUCCAAGGACAGGAUCUCCGUCACGUCGGCAGUGAAUAGCAGCUCCUCAAGUUUCGCCGCCAUCUCCACGAGCUCCAGCUCCGAGGAGAAUGCAGAGUCGUCGGAUGAUGAUCUCGAGGACUUCACGGGCAAAGGUAUCGACCUGGCCGUGUUCCACCUGAUUUGCGCCAAGCUCGUGGCCGAUGCGCACGACCCAGAGUACGUGCUGACAGCAGGAGACCUCAAGGGCUCACCAGGUCUACCGGUGAUAUGUCUGCCGGGUGCAAUGGGGACAGCUGAGACGGACUUUGCUGGGCAGCUGGACGGGCUCUCGCAGAGGCAUGCUGUGGUGGCCUUCGACCCACGAGGCUACGGAAAGUCACGGCCGCCGAACAGAAGGUACCCGGCGGACUUCUAUCACCUGGACGCCUCGGAUGCUGGUGCCAUCAUGGACUCGCUAGGCAUCGGCUCCUACAACGUCAUCGGCUGGAGCGACGGCGCCAUCUCUGCCACCAUCCUCGCCUCCCAGAGGCCGGAGAACGUCAAGAAAUUGGCCGUGUUCGGCAUCCAAGGUUCCAUAACGAAAGAAGAUGUUGAUGCUUACGAGGGCCUGCGCGAUGUGGAGAAGGCUUGGAGCAAGCGAAUGCUCGAAACACAUCGGCCAGUCUAUGGCGAUGACCUUCAGCCGAUGUGGAGCUCCUUCUGCGAUGCCAUGAAGAUGAUGUAUGAUGCUGGAGGGGACAUCUGCCAGAAGGAGGCAAAGCAAGUGAAGUGUCCCACUUUCAUCCUGCACGGGGCCAAAGAUCCCCUGGUGCCUUCGCACCACCCGGAGUGGUUCCACCAGGCCAUCGCGGGCUCCAAGCUUCAUGUCUUUCCGGAAGGCAAGCACAACAUUCAUCAGAAGUUUGCUGACGAGUUCAACAAGAUGCUUCUGGAGUUCUUUGCCGAGUAG